AUGGGAUCGAACCUGAGGCCAAAGGUGCUGCUGCUGGGCAAGAUAGAUCACGCUCAUGCUGCGUGGGAUUCCCUCGCCGUCCUCGCCGAUCUGAUAGAACCGCGCUCCACGAACCGCGCUGACUUUUUGGAAGAAUGCCGCAGCGGUGCCCUCGACGGCGUCCUGGUUGCCUACCGCACGUUCGGCUCUGUCAGCAUCACCGGCCUGAUCGACGAGGAGCUGGUGGAUGCGCUGCCCAAGUCGAUGCGAUAUCUCGCACAUUGUGGCGCCGGAUAUGACCAAGUCGACGUGCAGGCAUGCAGUGCCCGCUCGCCACCAUUGAUUGUGUCCAAUGUCCCAACCGCCGUCGAUGAUGCCACGGCGGACGUGAAUAUGUUCUUAAUCAUCGGCGCAUUGCGGAAUUUCAACACUGGAAUGCAAGCACUACGCCAGGGCAAAUGGAAAGGGAAUCCCCUCCCGGUUCUGGGCCAUGAUCCGCAGGGCAAGACGCUCGGCAUCUUAGGAAUGGGAGGCAUCGGAAGGAAUCUGAAAAAGAAAGCAGAGGUUUUUGGGAUGAAGGUCAUCUAUCACAAUCGCAGGAAGUUGAGCCCGGAGCUCGCUGACGGCGCGCAAUAUGUUUCUUUCGAUGAAUUGCUGGGACAGAGUGAUGUCUUGAGCCUGAAUCUGCCAUUGAAUAAAAAUACCCGACAUAUCAUCAGCACCCCCGAAUUUGCCAAAAUGAAAGACGGCGUUGUCGUGGUCAACACCGCUCGCGGCGCCGUCAUGGACGAGGAGGCGCUUGUCCAGGCACUCGAUAGCGGCAAAGUCUUUUCCGCCGGCCUUGACGUCUUUGAAGAAGAGCCCAAAGUGCAUCCUGGCCUGCUACGCAAUCCGAAUGUGAUCCUGGUGCCACACAUGGGCACUUGGUCUGUAGAGACCCAAACCGGGAUGGAAGAGUGGGCUAUCGAUAAUAUUCGACAGGUGCUUACGACGGGCAAAUUGAAAUCGCCUGUUCCUGAACAAGCGGAGUUCCAGUGA